GUCGCGCACAGUCUCGAAAUCGUUGCGCGACAACAAUUUUUGCUCGACAGUUCGCGUAGAGUAAAAAACCGAGCGCGAAUUGAUAACUCACGCAAUUACGAUAAUAUUUGCCGCGUUUUUUCUUUUUUUUUUCACCUGUCAAUUCGAAAAAAAAUUGGUUCAAUUAACUGCACCGUUACGAAUCUUACGCGUUUUACGCGCGCUGUGCAAAUUGCAUUCUGUCAAUUGAAAUUAGCAAUCGCUUAUCGCGUUUGUGAGACUAAACGAACGUGUGGUAAGUGAUACGCGUUGUGAGACGUAAGAAGAAAGUGCGUAAGAGAGACGUAAAAAUUCUCACGAUAAGUAGUCGCUUAUGCAAUUCAUAUAAUUAUUAUUUACAAUUGCGAUUUUAUCAGUGCGCUCACGCGCACAUUGCAAGAGAACUCCGGUUAUGUCGCGUAACAAGAAAAAAUUACAUCAUUUAGUAAAGAAAGUGAAAUUUACGUUUUUUUGCACACAUGCAAAGUCUACGCUGACGCAACUGCUAUCGCGAAGUUAUUUGCCAAUUAUUAUCUCGCAAUGUUGCUCUCGAAAAGCGGAGAGAUCUUACAAUUCAGUAUUCGUAGUGACCUCUUGUAGAAAACAACAAACUCUUCUACGUCUUGUUCUUCGAGAAAUCAGUGUGGUUUUUUUCUCUUUUUCGGUGAUCGUAAAUUUCAUCUCUCGGAAUCCGAUAUCUCAGGUUCAGCGAUACGAAGUUUUUAAAUAUAUAUAUAGUUAAAACCACAAAAUUUCAACAAACAUUUCAACAAGCGCUUGAUUGAACGUUGUUCAAAAUUUGAGAGAAUUGAACGAGCGCUCGCAGAACGUUCAGCAACAUGGAUCUCUUGAGUUUAGGUUUCCGUUCUAUCAAUUUGGAUUCAUUUCUGCGGAUCGAGAGUGACGACGUUUCGGACAUGGACGACAGUAAAGCGAGAGAACGAAAACAGAAACGGAUACCGAGCAGGAAGGACUCGCGCGACGAGCUACGAGCGAUCACCCUGGACGAGGUCGCUUGGCACGACUCGCUCGACGACUGCUGGCUGGUGAUACACGAUUACGUGUACGACUGCACGGAAUUCAUAAGGAGUCACCCGGGCGGCCAGGACGUUCUUCUCGAAUACGCCGGACGUGACGCGACUCUGGCGUUCAUAGGCACCGGACAUUCCGCCGUUGCCCGAACGGCUCUCGAGCAGUAUAAAAUCGGCGAACUUCCGCUCGAGGAAAGGAUCUUCCGCGUUCCCAACGGCGUGAAAGUCUUGGGAUUCUAAUUCGCGUACUUACUUGGUAAUUAUGGAUAAAACGUUGUCGUCGCUGUGAUAAAUAAUUUAAGCACUCGCACGUUACAUUAAAAAAACCGAAUUAUUUGUUAUAAUUAGCACAAAGAAAAACCACUCGUCUGAUGUAAUUUGUUCGCGAUCGAGCAUCUUAUCGUUAGCAAGUUUUUUAUUAGUACUUGCAUUCGGCGAGAUAAGGAUUAUCACGUCAUGUUUGUGAUAAUGCAAAAUUUUAAAUAGCAAUGUGAGGAAACAAACGUAUCUCUAAAUCUAUAUCACAAGUAACAUCAUACGUGUAUACGGUUACCGUCUGUGAUAUGUAACUCGUAUGAUAUUAAGAUAUCGUAAAUUUCAUCAGUUUCAAUUUACAUCAAGUCACACAAAAACAAGUAUCGGUAUAAGUGUUUCCAUCUUCUAUAAGCAAUACGUUUGAGAAACUAUAUUCUGUACUAACUAUAUUCUAUACUAAUAUUCUAAUCUUCUUAAUUAUAAUCUCAAUUAAUUGUCUAAUUCUAUAUAUUCUGUAUUAAACAGAGAAAGAAAGAGAGAUCUUACAUGUACAUAAAAUAUUUUUUUAAAUAAAAUAAA